GUAUGCUUCAAUUUAGAGUCGUUAUUUACGAAAACGUUUUGUUUUGCGUAUUACUGAAUAAAAUGUUUUGAACGAUGAACGAAGAGGAAAACGCUGCCCAGGCUGCGCAGGUGGAGCGAGAGCCGCCAAAGAUUACGUACACCAAUUUCAAUGACGAGUCCGAGCUGAAGGCCAUACAGAGCCUGAUCGACAAGGAGUUGUCGGAGCCGUACUCCAUCUAUACGUAUCGCUACUUCGUCUACAAUUGGCCAGAGCUCUGCAUAUUCGCUCGGCAUGGGGAGCUCUACGUGGGGGUCAUCGUGUGCAAGCUGGAGACAUUGGGCUGCAUACUCCAGGGAUAUAUAGCGAUGCUGGCCGUGGAUCCCGCCUACCGCCUGAUGAAGAUUGGGACUACGCUCGUCGCCAAGGCGGUCGAGUCAAUGCACUCAUUCAAUGCGGAUGAGAUCGUCCUGGAGACGGAGCUGACCAACAAGGCGGCGCUGCGCCUGUACGAGAGUCUGGGCUUCAUUCGCGAGAAGCGCCUGUUGCGCUACUAUAUGAACGGCGUGGAUGCACUGCGUCUCAAGCUAUUCUUUCCCUGGCGUCAAGCAUAGGCAACU